CCCAACCACUUCCUCAUCCACAGUUCCAAGGUAGCGACUGAUGCUCAUCAGUUGGUGCUCAGAAUUAGCAGAGCCCGCUGCAUUCUCGGUUCUGCCUCUGUCCACUGAACCCACACAACGUUCCGCGUUUCCCUCUCCGUGCGGACCGGACGUUCCCCGCACCGCCUUCCGAAGGUCUCCCCCUGCUCCCGAACAUUUCCUCUCCGUCCCACUGGGCAGCUCUACGCCCUCCCUCCCACCCUUCAUCAUGGCCUCCCGAAUCCCGCCGCGGCUUUUCCUUCUUACCGCGGCGCUCGUCCUCCUCGUCGCCAGCGCUGAAGCGCAGAGAGUGGUGCAUGUGGGGGGCAGACUCGGCAGGCUCAUAUCCCCGUGGGGCUAUGGGCUCAAGACCUGGAAGGCGCCCAAAGUGCUGCCCGGUGACCUGCUAGUCUUCCAGUGGCUGAGCGAGCAGCACUCGGUGCACAAAGUGGACGCUGCAGACUACGCUGCAUGCACGUUCCUCAACGCAAAACAGCUCGCCCGGGGUCGCAGCUAUGGCAAUUUCGUCUACAAGGUGCCUGGCGAGGACUACGAUAAGACCAUCUACUUCAGCAGCAACGUGAAAAAAGAUUGCAGGAAUGGGAUCAAGGUGGCGUUCGACGUCAAGCCAUAAAGCGUUUGGGUUGUGUUAUGGUAGACGGUGCAUGGGGUAAUGGGUGUAGUUUGGGCAGCAUUCAGAUACAGACAUACGGUACCGUGUAUUACACGGAGGUUAUGUAAUCAUAUUUCGCUGCAGGCAGUCUACAGUGCAGGUUUUGUACUACAGUGGUUCCAUGCAGGGUAAGUAAGUGUUACAUUUAUUGCAGUCAAGCAACACGACAAAUGCCUCUACUGACUGAAGCUCUAUCUGUGAUGGGGCAAUACAGUGUGGUGUGGUUGUUAUUGGUAGAAUACACGGCUCAAUAUACAUGCCUACACCUC